AAUGAUUUUUGUUUGAAUUGUUCUCACCGUUGGGCCGGCCGGGGAGGUGAAGAACAGCUCCAACGGUAAAGUAGUUGAUGACGAUGAGAACUCUAUCAGAGACAUUUCGCUCCAUUAAACGCCCAAUUCCAAACCCUAAAUUGUCCAAAUCAUCACCAUCUCCUUCAAUAUCAGAAGUGAAAUUCACCGCCAAACCAAAAUCAGACUCAUGGUGUGUUUAUCUCAUCCUCUCCACCAACCAUCCAAUCAAAACCUACGUUGGCGUCACAACCAAUUUCCCUCGCCGUUUGAAGCAGCACAAUGGUGAACUUAAAGGUGGUGCAAAAGCUUCCCGUGCUGGAAGGCCAUGGAUUUGUGCAUGCCUCAUUUGUGGCUUUGCAGACCGAAGUGAAGCUUGUGUAUUUGAAUCAAAAUGGAAAGCUUUCACAAGGAGAUUUCCACGCAAAAAUCAAAAUGACAAUCUCUCCAAGGAAUGCGAAGAUCCAUCACUUCCACUUCUGCGACACAGGCAAGCAGCUUUAAAUAGAGUCAAAAACUCCCUUGACUGCACAAACUUAGAAAUUAAUUGGCAUUUGGAUCCAAUGUGAUUCACUACCACGAUGUACAUUUUUUUAAUUUAGAAACUGUUAUAUAACAUAUAAUUUAUUCAAAUGGCAAAAUAUGAGCCAAAUAUUUAAUAGCAACUGUACCAUACACAACAAUUGAUUGUUUUAAUAAUAUAUAUCUCUGUAUAUCUAAA